AUUGCGCAAACAUCGAUUACGGAUGUGCGUUAUUAAAAUCUAUCAAUUUUGUUAUCACAUAUCUUGAAUUUCGAAUUUCUCUUGUCAAAAAUUUGAAGUAAGAUGAAGCUUUAAACAUCCAUGUAUCACAACAGACUGAAACCUCAAUCCUAAAUUAUGAAAAAUGUACCCCUCAAAGAUCCCAUUAUUUAAUAGUAACCUCAAACUUGCUGCCGAGCUAAGUAACCUCGGAGGAUACUUUUUUCCGAGAUCUAUUCUGGCAUUUCAGAAAUUACAUCUACUGGAUAAUUUCAGGUUAUUUAAGGAUGUAAGGGACAAAUUGCAGACGAUUUUGACAAAGGAAAAAUUUGCUGGUUUGUUCCGGAAAAAUAGAUAUAUUUUUCCAAGAACGUUUAGAAAACACCAAACUAAUUUCCUGAUAAACCUAUGGACGAAACAGUGCGGAUGUGUACUAGCUCAAAAGAUUGGAAAGAGAUAUCAAAUGUUUAACAUUUAUUCAAAAUUGAGGGAGGAUAAAAGAGUGAGGGAGAUUAUAUCGCGGAUGAAAAUAACUAGCAAGAAAAAAAGCAAAGAAAUCAUGUUAGGUGCCGUCACAUUAGCAGCUUUCGAAUGGGAUAAAUAUCGAAUACCUGAACAAGAUAUGAAAAAUCGUUUGGGUGAUCUUUCAUAUGUUUAUACACUCAGGGACAAAACGCUUUGUCGUAACUGUCACAAAAAAAAUCCAACUGAAAAUUCCGAAAAUAUCUGCCAUUGCGAUGACUUCAAAUCACCUGAUCCUCCUUUGAAGUUCGAUAAUUGGGAAACUUUCAUAGAAAAAAAAGAUUUAGUAGUAUGGAGAAGAUUGCUAGAGUCCGGUCACUAUGAGUAUAAGGUAUAUGGUUCUUAUAAUGACGUAUCGGCUGAAGAAUUUCUUAAUGUUCAAGUUGAUACAACCUAUAGGAGGAUGUGGGAUACAACAGCAAUCGUUUUAGAUGUUGUGGAGAAAGAUCCUGAUCCUAAGAAUAAUAGUGAAGUCAUAUAUUGGGAAAUGCUUUGGCCAAUGAUGUUUGCUAAUCGUGAUUAUGUGUUCAUUCGUCGUUACUUAGUUGACUAUAAAACGAAUUCCAUCAUCAUGGCAAAUAGAAGUAUAAUGCAUCCAAAGUAUCCAGAUAAGCAGGAUAAGUUCAGGGUGAAAGAUUACUGGUCCUAUAUGGUAAUAAAACCUUAUACAGAACUGAACAAACAUGGUAUUGAGUUCGUUUUAACUUAUUAUGAUAAUCCUGGUGUUAGUAUUCCAUCAAAAGUUACCACUUGGGUUGCUAUGAGGGCCAUGCCUGAUUUCUUAGAGAGACUUAGAGAUGCUGCCAAAAAGUACAAAGCUUAUUGCAAACAAUACGGUGUACAGUGUAUAUGUCUCUUAAAAGAGAGAGAUACAAGUGAAGUUGAACCCCAUGAAGACAAUUUAUACUAUUUUCUUGAUUCUGAGGAAGAUUUAAUAACAGAUAACACAAUAUCUGAACCACAACAUAAUCUGAAAAAGAGAUUUUACAAGAGACCAAAUUCUGAACCACCUAAACCUCCGAACAAAUCCCCUAAAAACGAAACUGAAACUAGAAAACAAUCAGAAUCUGCACCGCCAACAAAUUCCAUAAUUCAAAGGGGCACAAAGAAUUUCUGGAAAUAUCUCCAUCCUUCCUACUAUAUAAGUUGAUGAAAGAGAAUGAUGUAUAAGAAAGUAGCUUUCAUCUUGUAUCGAGAACAAAAAAAUCUGUAUAUAUUUGAUAA